AUGGACCAUUCUGGAGUGAAAGGAUUACAGUUAUCCAAACUGGCUUCACUGAGACAUUUAACUGCAAGCCAGAAACCGCUUACUGAUGAGACAGAUAAGAGUGGUUUUAAACAUAAGUACAGCUAUUGCUACCCGACAACCAAUUCCAUAGAUGACCUAGUCUGGAAGCAUGAUUGGAGUCUACAAUUUCCCAGCAUGUACUACACAGAACAGAGAGACACUGAAAUUGUGUUCACUGCUGCUCAGUCAGGUGACUGUUCCCGCCUGAACCUCAUGCCCUUGCUUAUAUUCAGUGGAGAUGAAGUCACCCUGCACUAUCUGUGUGAAGAUGAUGGAGUGGAGCCUUAUACAGAACUUGUUGCGGAAGGCCAGCCAAUUUAUGUUACCUGUCCACUUCUCGACUCAGAAGACAAAACAAGCAAUUUCAGUGUAACCUGGUUAAAAAAUGGCUCACAGACAGAAAUCACCUCAGACAUACAAAUGAGAGUUCACCAGGAUCAAAAUUACCUUAAGUUUAUCCCUGCAAGGCUGGAUGAUACAGGCUACUACGCAUGUGUGCUCAGAAGUUCGACAUACUGCAAACAGAUUAUUACAAAAGUAAAAGUGUUUAAAAAUGAUGAUGGACUGUGUUAUAAUCAUGACCAACUGUACUCUGACAAUCUAAUUUUGGGACUUCCAUUAACAAUUGAAUGUCCAAAAAUAGACAACUUUUUCAAGAUAAAAUGGUUUAAGGAAUGCCAGCCUUUGGAACUAGACGGUAACAAAUAUUAUGCUAGUAGGAACCUCUUGAAUAUCAAGAAUGUGACAUUGCUAGAUAAAGGUUAUUACACAUGUGAAGCCACCGUCAAAUAUAAUGAUACAGAAUAUAUUAUCUCACGGACCAUUCAUUACUCCAUUAAAGUUUUGCAGAGUGCGCCUGCUAUAAUAAAUCCAAAGAAUAACUUCUUACAAGCGAAAUUAGGAGCUGCCAUUUCACUAAAAUGUGAAGUGUUAUGUAGUGGAUACAUUAGCUUGUAUUGGACAGUCGAUGAUUCUGUGAAUUAUACAUAUUCAGACGAUGGCAGAGUGGUAAUGGGAGAAAAGAAAUUCACUGAUGAAGGAAACCAAGUACUCGGCAAAAGCUUAAACUUUUCAAAAGUAAAAGAAGAAGACUAUAACAGAAAAUUUUACUGUAAUAUCUAUUCAGAAAUAGGCCAAAAGGCAUUUGUUAUGUUGAAACACCCAGAGCCUAAUUUCCAGGGAUUAUUGAUUGCUUUAUUUGUGGCAAUUGUGUCUAUUAUUGUUAUAGCUGUAAUUACCAUCCGGGUUUUUAAAGUUGAAAUUGUUCUUUGGUACCGGAGUUCCUAUUUUGCCCGUACAGAUUAUAAAGAUGGAAAGAUUUAUGAUGCCUACAUCAUGUAUCCAAAAAACGUUAUUGGAACCAGCUGUCAUAAUAUGGACAUAUUUGUAGUUAAAGUGUUGCCUGAAGUGCUUGAGAAACAGUGUGAUUAUCGAUUGUUUAUAAUUGGACGGGAUGAUCUGCCAGGCCAAGCCAUUGCAGACCUUGUGGAUGAGGCGAUCUCCCAGAGCAGAAGGUUGAUUAUUGUCUUAGGAGAGAUAUCAAGUGAGAAAGGCCUUGGUGAUGAUUUUGAACAGAAAAUAGCCAUGUAUGAUGCUCUCAUUCGGAACAAAAUUAAAGUCAUCUUGAUUGAGCUGGAAAAGAUAACGAAUUACACCUACAUGCCAGAGUCCAUUCAGUACAUCAAACAGAAGCAAGGUGUUGUGCGAUGGAAAGGAGAGUUCACAGAAGAGAGUCUUCACCGUAACACAAAGUUCUGGAAAAAUAUCAGAUACCGGAUGCCUCAAGCCCAGCACCCGUCUGACAGAAAACUGGACUACAUAGGUUCAGAGAACUGACAUUGAUGUUACCAACUCUUAAAUGUUAAAUGCACUAAGAAAAAGUCACACUGGGACCUUGGCUAGAGAUGUUUGGAGGACAGCCAUCUGCAUCAGCACUCCAUAUGAUCACUUGAUUAUUAACCAUAACUAUAACAUGGCUACGUUGGUCAUUGCACUGAUACUUUUGAUCACUAUGUUGCAAAUAUCACCAUUUCAUU